CGUACAUUUGGGGGAGGGGCUCACUGGAAAACAAGGAUGUGAAUUCAUAACGCUUGAAAACCAGAAAGACGAGCCCCAUUCAUCCAACAAACUUCCAUUUCAGAGUUUAAAUGCGAUUUCAGCCCUUCGCGGACUCGCGCCUAAUUGGAAUACUUCGAUAAACCGUAAACAAAACAAAGAAAAUAGAAAAUAUUGCCUAUCCCCCUCCCCCAACCAAAGGUCAAAGUUCACAGGAAACUGGGGGGCUGCCAUUUUCCCCCUGCUAACAUGUUAGAUGCUAAACAGGCGAGGAGUUGUGGUCGUUGCUGAGUGCUUAUAUUUAUUGUCAUCCGUUUGCGUUCGUCUACCUCUUCUAUCUUAUGCAUUUUUAGGCUCGGUUGUUGAAUGACGGCGGCAUGGAGAGGACAGAACAGCCGUGGAAUUCCUCCUACACGUACCAGGUGAGCAAACACAGCGCCGAGAUGCUACACAACCUCAACGGCCAGAGAAAAGAUGGAGGCAGGUUUUGCGAUGUUAUCUUGCGCGUCGGAGAGGAGAGUUUCCCUGCCCAUAAGGCGGUGUUGGCGGCGUGCAGCGAGUAUUUUGAGUCGGUCUUCAGUUGUCAGACUGAAGGCGACGGCGAAAGCAAGGAGCUGGAGAUGCACACGAUCAGCUCCAAAGUUUUUCGCGACAUCCUGGACUUCGCGUACACCUCCAAGAUCGUGGUGCGCCUGGAGUGUUUCCCGGAGCUCAUGACGGCGGCUAAGUUUCUCUUGAUGCGAUCGGUCAUCGAGAUCUGUCAGGAAGUCAUCAAACAAUCCAACGUGCAGAUCGUCGUGCCUCCCGCUCUGGAAGGAGAGCACAGUAUGUUUAGGAGCGCUGGGACCACGGAACAGCUGUCAUACCCCUUGCCCGUGGACAUGUCAAACGGGAGCGUGCCCAACGGCGUGGUGUUUACCAACAACAAUGACAGUGACAGCGCUGAUCCGACUCAGCAAACGGCUGUUCGGUUAACGGGUUCCCCUAUAGAGUUUCACUUGAACACAGAGGAAUCACCAAGCUCCAAAAGAGGCAGAGGAAGACCUAAAAAAGAGGCCACCUACAAUAACGCUGCUCAAAAUGAAGACGAAGGCCUUUUCUCGUGCGGGGUCUGUGCUAAGAUGUUCCCCGAUGUCAUCCAGUUAAGAAACCACGAGGCGCAACAUGGUUCCGUUAGGAGCGGUGCGGAUUUGGUUGUUAUGGACGGGCCGACGAUGAACUCUCAUUCCCAGGCGAGAUUCCAGGAAAACGGACUGCCAACGGAAACCCGUAAGCGUGAGAGAACGAGGCGGCACGUCGCGUGUGAUCUGUGCGGCAAAGUUUUCCGAGACGUCUACCACCUGAACCGACACAAGCUGUCACAUUCGGGCGAGAAGCCGUAUGCGUGUCCUGUGUGCGGGCUGCGAUUCAAACGCAAGGACAGGAUGUCGUAUCAUGUACGGUCUCACGACGGCUCGGUGGGGAAACCGUAUGUCUGUCAAAGUUGCGGGAAAGGUUUCUCUAGGCCAGACCAUCUGAAUGGACAUAUUAAACAGGUGCAUACUACAGAGAGACCUCAUAAGUGUCAGAUUUGCAAUGCAUCCUUUGCAACACGAGAUCGUCUGAGAUCACACCUGGCAUGCCACGAAGAUAAGAUACCAUGUCAUGUGUGUGGGAAAUUCCUCCGUGCAGCUUACAUGACUGACCACUUGAAAAAACACAGUGAAGGACCUCAUAACUAUUGUGGAAUAUGCAACAAAGGUUUUUCUACUGCAUCCUACUUAAAGGUGCACGUAAAAACGCACCACAGCUCGACAAUGCUCCCUUCCUCUGCAGCACAUCAGUUCCCUGAGCCACGAGCCAACAGACCACAGAUGCACAACUGCACCCCCUACCACUUAGGACGUCAGUGCUCAGUGGAAGAGCUCUGCACCAGUCGUCGGCUCCUGGUUACCUUUCCCGAUACAGAGGGGUCUUUUCGGGGGCUAUCUGGGCCAGUUCUACCCCAGCCUGUCCCUCCUGCCCUGGGCCUGCAGCCUGAGCUGCUCCUGGGAAAGCCAGGUCCAACUCCCUAUUUCUGGGAGUGCCGCUCUUCUGGAGCACCAGGGUUUCCGCUUCAUGGGCCUCUUACAGAUGGGCAGGAAAUUGCUGUGAAAUGUCCCCACCAGGAUUCUGAUGGUUCGGACGCUGCUUUCGGUGACCUCCCCAACGGAACAGAGCUCAAGCCUGAGCAGAAAGCAGAGGGAGAAGAACUAGAGGUCACCUCUUUCAUCUUCAACGGGCAGCCUGAUGACACCAUGACGUCGCCAGGUGGAUCCAAACAAAACACAGACAAUGAAAAGAAGUUUGCUUGCGGCGAUUGCGGCCAGACCUUCCGCACAAAGUCUUACCUCAACAAGCACCAUCACCGGGUUCAUAAGAAACGGAGUGCGGCAGGGUCCAGUCUGGGUGACCUUGCCUCCCCCUUUUCCCCCCAACAGAAUAUGUCACUUCUUGAAUCCUUUGGCUUUCAGAUUGUUCAGUCAGCCUUUGCCUCCUCACUUGUGGAGACUGAGAUGGGCAGCAGUAGAAUGGGUUUAGGGGAUAAAUGACGCCUUUGAGAUAUAGACAUUUCUUAUAACCCUGCUCUUACUGGACAACCAAACAUUUGAUAACUGCAAGUUUAGUCUUUAAACUUGCAGUUUAAACAAUUCUUGAUGCCAUAUGUAGACUACUUUUUUUUUUUUCUUUUUUUCUUACAAUUAUAAUGUUUGUUAAUGUUUUGACUUCACCAUUGUGGAUGCCGUUCUGAUUCCAUUUUGGUGUGAAGCAGCUGUUUUUUACUUUGACAAAUACUCAUUUUAUAGAUUUAUCAUGCAAAAACACCUUGCUUUUGUUAACAUUUUUAUGUCUCUGCUUCCAGAUUGGUGGGGUUAGGGUGAUUAACUUCAAAAUAUAAAUUGAUGCCCCAAAAAUGUGUAUAAUCCACAAGAGGUAAUUUCGUAUAGAUGGAUGCCCAGACUUGCACAGUAGGUACAUCAAAUGUGGUCAAAGUCUCGAGUCCACAAGACUUUUAUUUCUUUUUCCAUUACAAUUAUAUUAUCAGUUUAAAAAUGUGAGUGUCAAGUUUAACUAGAACCACAACUUUGUGCAAAACCUGAUGAUCCAUGUUAUCCAUGCAUGAUAUGAGAAUGUUUUAAAGAGCAUCUUUUGUGCUUCCAUCGACACAUUGAAAUCUGACCUUUUGUACAAAGGUGUUAACAUGGUCAAAACAUUUCUUAUUUGAAUAGUGACCUUAAAACAGGACAGCAUCUUAAGUAUUUCCUGUUCAAUUUAUGUCAUGAUAUGUCUUUGUUUUUCAACAGAGUUCUUAACAUUUUUCCUAAACUUAUUUUUAGAUUUAAAUUAGAUUUCGAAUCCCAGAUGUGGGCUGAGACUUUUGAACCCCAUUUUAUGUCUGCAUUUGCAGUAUAAAAGCAUGCCAUUAGCAAGGAUUAAACAUUUUAACAAAAUUCAAAGCUUAAUCAGGCAUCAUAGUGACCCAAGUUACUGAUGGUCAGCCGUUUGUUAUCCACAGGUAACCUACAAAUCUAGUGAGAUUCUUCUCGUGUGUGACUUACUUUGGCAAAUGAUGUAAUAAGUAUAAAUCAUUCACAACUUAAGCCCAAAUCAUGGCUGUUUAAAUAGUACUUUUUUGUUCUUUUUUUUUUUUUGUUCUUUUUUUUUAAUCAUAGUUUUGAGACUGAUUGUUUUUGGUCACAACAAUUUCAGCUUUUAAUGUCCAACAGGGACCAAUUUCAGGUUUCACUGUAAGAUAUAGCAAGAAGCAAAGAAUAUAUUUUAUUAACUUAUUGAUAUUGGUGUCCAAUUCUCCUUUACAAAAAGGUAUAUAUUGAGUUUUUGUGUAGAGUUACGAUUGUGCUAUUUUCCUCAUAAAUCAUGCACCCAACCGGAGGAUAGUGUGAGAGCAUCAGUGUGUAAAUGAGCAUAACAACUGUAUGUGUGAGUACACGUGUGAAUGAUGUGGUCUCUCUAAUGUCCAGAAUGUAAUAUAAACAGAGGGCUUUGUAAUCUUUUUUUAAUAUAUCAGAGAAUUUUUCUAAGAGGUUCAGUACAUUCCUGCUGAACUUGAAGUCUUGUCAUUAUACAUGUUUAACAUUCACACGCAUAUAUAAGAAAUAUGUACAUAUGUUUGGUCAAUUAGUUAGUUAUUAGAUUAGAUUGGGAUCUUUGUAUAUAGAUAUUUUCCUUGGCCUGGGAGAAUGAAUGGAAAUUUUAUUAAGGAAUAUGUAUUAAGUUCAAAUCAAUACUUCUGUUGCUUCUUUUUGAUAUUAUGCAAGUAUUUGUGUGUUGUUUUGGUGUUACCUUGUUUCCCUGGGAUGUUAAUCUAAAUGCAGUGUGCAUACUGGUUACCUUUCCUUUUAUUUUACCAUCCAAGCUAAUAGUUUAGUGUUCUGUAAAUGUAUUUUGUAAGGCGGAUAGUACAAUGUUGCAGAGCUGUUACGGGCAGUCACUAAUGAUAAUGGAAGCUUUCCAUUUACAUAAUGCAUACAAAACAAUUAUUUUAUUGUAUUACAGUAUAUGCUUGUUAGUCUAACUUUUUAAAUCCAAAGCAAACUGAGCAGUACACUCAAAAAUCAGUGCACCCUAUGGUACAAUAUAUCUAAUGUCAGAUAACAUGAGUUAAUUAUUCUUAAAAUAAUAACAAUCACUGUCUGCCUAACAGUAACCCUGAUCUGAAUAUUUGCAGCUUUUAUUUAUUUACAAAAUCAAAGUUAUUGGGAAGCCCUCGAUUAUUAAUGCUAUACAACUUGUUUGUCUAGUGUGGUGUUUAGGCUUAUUGCAUCACUGGAAUUUUUUGUUGUUGUUGUUUUUUGCUCAGAUAUUUGUAUGUUGCAAAGUGCCUUCCCAGUAAUGAUUGUGAAUGGCGAAGGGUUGGAAAUUCUGUCAUUAAAAGGACCUAUAUUAUUUUAACCAUAUACGAACAGAGUUGCAUUGACACUUUUGGAUAAAGACAUGCACAUAGAAAAGUGUACAUUUGUACAUGUAUGUUUGGUAUUCUACCUUUUGUUCUCUGACAAAAUGUUGUUUCUCUGCAAUUUAUGUCACAGCGUUCAUCAAUUUUUGGACAUUAGAUAUAAGCAUACUUUUCUAUUGAUGUUUGUUUUUGUACACUGUUUUUGUGUCUCUGUCUAUUUGGUACAGAGAUGGGUAUGAAAUAAAAUUGUAUC